CGCGUGUGCAGCAUUUGCUGUGUACACUUAAAUGUGUUGAUUUUUCUUUUAAUUUUCUGCUGCUUUAAGGUAUCCAGAUUACAGAAAUCCCCCGUGCUCAUUGAAUUUGACGACUAUCAAUGGAGGGUGCGAUGACGAAUAUGGCAUCAGUUUGAGAUGGUGGCACGUGCUUGCGGCUAGACUCACUUUCAUAAUUGUCUUCGAGCAUGUCGUAUUCGCUGUCAAGUUCCUGGUCCAGUACUUCGUUCCAGAAAUGCCUCAUCGAGUGUUCGUUCAGAAACAGCGCGAAAAACUGCUAGCCAAACAAGCACUCUACGAUUUCGAGCUCGAAAGAGCACAUCACAGGCGUAAAAAGAAGCAGUCGUUGCCAAGUGCGUGA